ACUUCCUCCCGCGAAGUUUUGACAUCGAAUAUAUCGCUCCGGGUCAUGAAAGCAAAAGAUCCACCCAACACGCAAAACGAUAGAAAAAUGAACGAAGGAACGGCAAACAGGACAUCAAAGGUUCGCUUUUCGGCAAACACCGACACUUUCAGCGAGGAAGAGGACGCAGACAUUCGCCACAAGCGACUACUCCGGUACUGGUAUAAAGGAGGUCGAAGAUAUAGUGAGGCCGAAAAAGCGUUCCUUAACCGAGUAAGGAUCCCUUCAGUUGGGUUACUCGGCGAUGGAGAAACAAAAGUUGGCUGGUUAAGAUUCUUCGACCCUGGAGGUGACAGACUCUAUUACUGGCUCUUAAUAGUGUCCUUAGCAGUUGUGUACAAUUCAUGGGUUCUUAUAUUAAGGUCAUCUUUCCCCGAACUCCACAAGAAACACCAUUAUAUUUGGAUAGUAAUCGACUAUCUCUGCGACAUCGUGUACGUUGUUGACAUCUUCGUCAGCUCCAGAACAGGCUACAUGGAAGAUGGUAUCAUGCAAAAAGACAUAAAAAAAAUGAGGCGCCACUACCUUCGAACAUCGAAGUUUUGUAUGGACGCCGCAUCUGUAAUCCCGUUGGACAUUGCGUACAUUUUCAUCGCACACGAACCAGCUAUUCGCAUGAAUCGUCUUAUCAAGUAUCACCGGUUCUGGCUUUUUCUGGACCGUACGGAGAGCAGGACAAGCUACCCAAACCUGUUCAGACUUGCGUCCCUGAUGCAAUUUAUUCUGGUCAUAAUCCACUGGAACGCUUGUAUAUAUUUUAUAGUGUCGCGUAAAAUUGGAUUUGGAAAGGACUCCUGGGUAUACCCCGGAUUAAAGGAGAACGCUAAUAUGACUGAAAUGCACAGGUCUCUCACGAGGAAAUACAUCUAUUCCUUUUAUUGGUCAACUUUAACGUUAACUACGAUUGGUGAGGUUCCACCACCGGAUUCUAAUUUGGAAUUUAUUAUCGUCACAAUUGACUAUUUAAUAGAUCAUAACCAAUCAGAAUGCUGCUAAGGUGGACUUCCAAAAUAAGAUGGACGGGAUCAAGUCCUACAUGCGUUUUCACAAGAUUCCGCAACAUCUUCAGCAGCGAGUUAUUAAAUGGUUUGACUAUCUGUGGAUGAACAAAAAGCAUCCAGACGAAGAGGAACUCUUGCAGUCAUUGCCGGAUAAAUUGAGGGCAGAGUUGGCGAUCCACGUUCAUCUCGAUUCGCUGAGAAAGGUCGAGAUAUUUCAAGAUUGUGAAGCAGGAUUUCUUAGCGAGCUGGUCUUGCGUCUCCGUCCUCAGUUGUUCUCUCCAGGAGAUUACGUCUGUAGGAAAGGUGAGGUUGGCCGAGAAAUGUACAUCGUGAAUAGGGGCAAGCUUGAGGUGGUGUCAGAGACAGGAACCAAAGUGUACGCUGUGUUAGAGGCCGGUAGCUACUUCGGCGAUAUAAGCGUUUUGUGCAUGAGUGCUGCCGGAAAUCGUCGAACAGCCUCGGUCCGCUCUGUCGGCUAUUCGGAGUUAUUUUGCUUGUCUAAAAACGAUCUGAUGGAGGUGCUCGACGAGUACUCGGAAAUAAAGACGAAAAUCGAGAAUAUUGCUAAGAAACGUCUGGAGAAUGACAAACGAAGGACCAGCGCAUUGCUUUCGAACAAACAUGAUAAAAACAGAGCAAGUGAAAACGGAACUGAUACGGAUCCAAGAGUGAAGAGCAAAGUUUUUGCUAAAUUGGAAGAAAGGAUAACGACCCUAGAGAGGGAACGCGCAGAUUUGAUGGAGGAAAUUAAACGACAAAGAGAAGAAUUUUCCGACAGACUGGCAGACUUGGAAACAUCCAUGGCACAGCUGUCUCGGGAUCGCCGAGGUGACGGACAAAGACCAACUUCCAGAUCUUUUGAUUUUGUUUGGAAGAGAAGAUGACUAAACGUGAUUGCUGAAUUUCGAGGUACUUUGACGCUGGCGUUCAAGUACUGUUUUUAAAUUUGCUCAAAUGCACCAUGUUGAACUUACCUUGAAUGAGGAAAAGGUUGGUAAAUUAUACCAGCAUCGGCAAAUGGUAUGCGUCGGCGUGGUAGAUAGGGUCACGUCAAAAGACAUCCUCACCCAUAUGGUACUGACAACAAAGCACACUCCAGGAGAAUUAUGGGCACUUUCUGUUCAUAGCGACCUUAGGUAGUCAGAAGAAGCCGAAGAAAACGUAGGUUAAAAAAAUGAAUUUAUCCUUUUUGUUAGAAUUUUCUAAAUGGCAGGAUGUUUAACUGUCUCUUAUGGCGGCGCACUUCAACUUGAGCCUAACGUAUGCUAGCAGUGUUCAGUUCCAAAUGAAAAAUUUGAACAACUUGAACAAUUUGCCGUCAGCCGUAGUUUCUGUGCUCAGACCAAGCCAAUUAAAAUGAUAUCACGUUGUUGCUUUGCAGAGGACGGCUCUGAAAUUUACAAAGUUUUAAAACGCACGCGCUGAGCUAUCGUUCGGCUCAUUUGAUCUUUUGUCAGUUUUUCCACGUCCUCGACUCGUUGUUGUCGCCGUCGCUGCUUGCUUAAGGUCCCUAUACGAAUACAUUUCGACUUUGGACUGACAUUAGCUUAUCCUCUUGUAAAAAAAAAAACUAACACUCGUAGGAAAGAAUGCCGUGCGCUCUGAAGACUGUCACCGAAAAAAAAAAAAAAAAAA